UCCUAGGUGCAGAAACCAUGAAGUCACCUCGAGGCUAGUACAAAGGCCAAAUAUUGCCGCCGCUUCGACUUGUCGUUGCCAUCAUCAAGUCUUUCGAGCGACGACGAUGACCGACCAUGACUGCACCACAAUUCUGGAAGAAGACCGCGACCACGAACUCUUCGUAACCUUCAACCCGCCGCUGUAUCUCCAGCGAAAGAUAUGGAUUCUCGAUGUGAUGAGAAGGGACAGCGUUACUGAUGUCGUCGAUAUAGGAUGCGGCGAGGGACAGCUCCUAUCAGCACUCUGCCAGCCAGCUCCGUGGCUUGGCCCGCCACCGCCAGAAAUAUUGCCUCCGUCAGACCCGACCGAUACCGCGACGCCCAACUUCAACUCGCCGCAUGAUCCAAUACCAAACCUCCAUCCUGUACGCAUAGCCGGGCUCGAUAUCUCACAGAGAGACCUCGAUUUUGCUAUCCAAGCUACUGCGCCACCACCACAAACCGGCGAUAGGCACCUCAGUUCGACCCGUUGGGAGCCCUUGGUAGCGUCUAUCUGGAAAGGAGGUUUGGAAGUUAUCAAUGAAUCAUUUGUAGGAGCAGAGUGUAUUGUGAGCUCAGAAGUCAUUGAACAUCUCCCAUCGCAUAUCUUCCUAAUGUUCGCGCCUAUGCUCCUUGGUGUCUACCAUCCAAAAAUAUUCCUCGUUACAACGCCAUCAUACACGUUCAACGCUCGUUUCACCUCCCCGAAUGCCCCACCCUCGGUUCGUAAAGGAUAUCCUGAUCCCACCGGGCGUACAAAUCGAAUCUUCCGGCACGACGAUCACAAGUUCGAGUGGACGAUACAGGAGUUCCACGAGUGGUGCAAGGAAACAGCCGAACGCUGGGGUUAUGAGGCACACAUUAGUGAUGUGGGUCGGGCUACAGAAAAAGAUGAAUGGGGACGAGAUGAGGAGCUUGGAGGCGCUACUCUGGUGACAGAGUUUAGGCGACUUUCAUUGGCGGACGCCGAAAGGAGCCACUUGGUAGAUGAAGCCAGGAAGAUGGUGGAAAGCACUCAAGGACAACCGCACCAGUUACUUGCCGAACACAGACACGUCGCUCAUCCGCAAGCACGACAACCUAUUCCUGUUGCAGAGAUUGGAAAGAUGGUGAAAGCAAAGAUGGAAGAAGGACGCGAAGGCUUUAUGCGGUUCGAGACUCUCUGGUAUGACAAGGACAUUGGAGUCGCUUGUGGUGGAUUCACAGAAGUCUUGAUUAAUGCCAUUCAGGAAUGCGAGGGGCUAGUGCUCAAGAGGGAGGGCACUGACGAUGCAGAGCCAUCGAAAUGGGAUAGAGAUUCAUGGCAUAUUGAACUCAUUGGUGGUUCAAAACGACCCAAGAUGCUGUGGCCCGCGAUGGAAGAAGCAGAGGAUACUAGCUUCGAAUCUGUGCCGCCAGAUUGGUUACCAAACGAGGAAUCAUAUAGCGACAGCAGUAGUGAUAGGGAAUGGGGAGAGAGUACAGGAGCUGAAGGGGACGUUUCUUGGAACAACUCGGAAGACGAUACCCAAGACGAGGAUGACGACCAUCAGAAAUGGGGUUCCCAGGUUCAUCACUGGGCGACAGACUCGGGUUCUAGACGUUGGGGAAGUACAUCAUGGGGGGCGCCACCACCUCAGCAUGGCUCCAGCGGUUCUACGACUGGCUGGGACGGAGAUGAAAGUGACGAUACUCAUACAUUUUGAUAUUUUUGUUUUCAUGUAUCACGCCUGGCAGUUCAGAAGUCCGUGUAAUAAUUAAAUGAUACAAGCUGCAAAUAUAUGAGCCAGUGGAUAAUGAAGAUGUAAGAAGACGCACCUGGUAUAUACUAGAAAGCAAUAG